ACAAUGCAGCUGCGUUGCUGAGGUCCUGUGGAAUGUUUUUCCGUGUGAUGAUGUUGUGUGGUGGGUGAGUGCAGGGGGGUGGCUGGCGACUCGGACGAUCAUGGCCGAUGAGGAAGUUCCUGCCGAAACGUCCGGCGUCAGGAGGAUCGUUGGGUCGGCAUUUGGACUGCAUCAGUCCACACCUCCACAGUGUCUGCACGGAGGAAAGGCACCCCACAUAGGGCAACACCAGCCCCCAGAAUCAUCAGGGUUCUUCACCCUGCAGCACUCGCAGCCACCUCCUGAAAAGACACCACCCAGACAUCACCAGGAAGGAGACAUUUAUCACGAGUUUCGUCAGACACAGGAGCCCUGGCUACAAGAAGGUAGCAGCUGUGAGACGGACGAUAGCGAACAGUAUGUUCCUGAGUUCGACAGUCACCACAACGCGGCGCCACCAGAGUGUUCGAACAUCAAGCAAGAACCCCGGUCUCCGGGUCUCUUCAAGCCGUGUUCGCAUCUCGCCGCGUCCUGUCCGUACCCAGGCUCCGCUGCGGGUCACUACAGCACUGCAGGGCCGUACUCGAACUGCGGUCCCCCUGCUGGAUUCCCCGCCCCGUGUUCACUCACAGGACUCCAUAAGGAUUCAGCUCGUAACAGAUACACGCCCCCACUCCCCCCGCCGCCCAGGACCGCCCUGGACCCAAAGUGCGACGACCUGGUGUCAACCCCGGGCCUCCGAUCCGCGUUCUUCAACAUGACUCCUGGAAGCUGCUUCAGGUCUGCUUCCCCGUCGUGCGAUCGACUUGCCUACAGCCACGUGUCCGUCAAAAAGGAGCCGAGUGACCGGGGCUACGAGGCUGACCUACAGACACAGCGCCAAGGCUCAGCUGGAGGCGAGAGCUAUGUUAGCGGUUCGCAUCCGACAGGUGCCGGCGGAGGUCUGUUCCUGGCGACCGCAGUUGGAACGACGCGUGGCGACUCCAGGAAUCUGACUGACGAGUACACGAAACGAGAGGGCGGGGAGGGUAUCCCCGGAGCUGGAGGUAGCAGUCGGCCUCCUUCCACGUCCUCCGUCACUUCCGGAUGCUGGACUGGUGAAGGAACUUCCGGCGCGACUGGCUACCAGCAGCGUCGCGGCUCUCUGCAGCUGUGGCAGUUCCUCGUAGCGCUCCUCGACGAUCCCAGUAACAACUCUUGCAUCGCGUGGACGGGACGAGGCAUGGAGUUCAAGCUGGUGGAACCGGAGGAGGUGGCGCGACGCUGGGGCGUGCAGAAGAAUCGGCCUGCCAUGAACUAUGACAAACUAAGUCGCUCGUUGCGCUACUACUACGAGAAAGGCAUUAUGCAGAAGGUGGCCGGGGAGCGCUACGUGUACAAGUUUGUGUGCGACCCCGAAGCGCUGUUCAACAUGGCGGCGUACGGCGCCGCUGGCUCGGAAAGCAGCGGCAAUCACGGCCUACACCACCCGCGAAGUGCAUCCACGUCGAUGUCUACUGGGACAGAAUCCACGUUUGGUGACAUGCUCGCAAUGUAUAGUGGAUCCGGGGCCCCGGUCGGGGGCUACACCCCACUGCACCACUUUCAGCAGUAUCUGGCGACCGGUGUCCCAUCCAGCAAUGAACAGGGGGGCCCCUUCCGGACCCCUGCAGGGGCCCGCUCAGUUUACCCCCAGCAUUACCCCAGCAAUAACACCGAGAUUCACGCGAGCUACGUGCAGAACAGUGUUCAGGACCUGUCGACAGAUGGCAGCAUGUCACAGAAGCAAAGUUAUUUAGACGACAGAAAACCUGAUGGCGAUGUUGCUCUAGACUCUAAUAUGCGUGGUCAGGCUGCAGAUAGCAGCACAGGCAAACUUGCGCCCGGCCGCGGGAGCUCGCAAGAUAACGCAGUUUCCCACAAACUCGACCCGCCGGCAUUCCAUUGUCUUGGCGUAGGCAGCUGUGUAUGUUGAGGCGUAUUUGCCAUACGCUCACCCGACCAGAACCUCCGCUCGGGGAACAACUGUCGCUUUGGUGGAGGAAUGUGAACCUAGAAUUACCGACCGAACUUUGUGAUCGAGUGGUUUGUGCUUUUUCUUCGUGUUCAGGAGGUCCUGGGUUCAGAUCUCGGCCCUGAGACCGGCCUAUCCUGAGUGAGGAUUUUCAUGGUUUUCCUCAAUACCUUGUGUUAGUCCCUUAAAUUAGGCUGGCCACAACCACUUCCUUUAAAUUAAUCUUUCACUAUUAUCCCCUCAUUUGACGCUGUAUAAUCUGAGCUACUGGAGAAAGUCGUUAAAUAUACUAUAAUCAAAUAAAUAGAAAUUCUAGACCAAAUGAGGUUCCGUGAUUCUCUGAUAAAGCCCGACCUCGAACAUUGGGUUCACAUUACCGCUGCUCAUUUGACCUCAAUUACCGUUUCGCAGGCACGAUUAUUUGCGACUGCAAUAUGACUCGAAAAUUCAAUAAUUUCCCUGGUCUCUCGUACUAUAGGUAAACCACUCUGCCAUCUAUUGGAUAUAUAACAAGUUUGUACUUGCAGUACACCAAGAGAUGUCUCUGCAAUACUUGUAAACCGAAUGCAGUGCAAGAUGGCUGUCUUCUAGUAUCUUGCGCUCUGUAGUCUGGUACAAAUUGAUCAUCGUUGUUAUGACGGAGGCAGUAAGCUCGUCUGAAACGUCGGUCAGUUUCUACCAGACGCAAAUCCCGGAAGAUAUGUAUUAAAUGCAAUGUGUUGCGAUAAAUUCACAACAUAGUGACCUAGUAUGCAUAGUUUGUUUUUGGGAAUGCAGAAUUACUAAGAUUUUAGACAUGGUACCUUUUUUUUUUGUAAUAUAAACCAAAAAUCUUCUAAGAACCAAUAACCUGCAUCGAAAAGAGAAAAUAAAAAACGUAUUUAAAGUAAUCCAUUCGUCAGCGUUGCUCGGUGAAGUUGAGUUUUUAUUCCGCACCGCCAUGGAGGCGCUGGUGGUGUCGCGUUACUCGACAUAACUUAAUUGUUGUAAUAACUUUAUUAUUCGUUGUUAAUCCUCUGUACUUGUAGCUGAAGACGGAAAAUAAAAUCAUUU